AUGCCGGAUGACCACCUGGAGCUGGAGCCGUGGCGGCCGUCGGGGAUCACUCCGCUGCGUGCGCCGCCCGAUCGGCCCAGCCAGGAUCUGAGAUGGCGGCCCAACCGGUCAUUGCCGGAGGAACCGCCACAGGACAAGCUGGAGCGUGCCCGACGUGCAGUGGGCGAGCAGUGCAUGAAUUCGCGCGUGCCCGGCUACACUGGUUUCAUCCCAUCCGCCAAAGCAGAGGACAUCUAUGGUCGGACGCAGGCCGCAGUCGGCGCGGGUGCACGGGAUGAGCAGUGGCAGUUGGAGGAGAAGAAGGCGGCCCUGCAGCAAGCGUUGGCAGCCUCGCAGAAGCGGGCAAAGCCCUUCCCCGAGGAUCGAUUCUCCGAACCGGCACCGGACCCACAUCCUCUUGGCAAGGCCAGAGCAGACGUGGUGCGGUCCUAUUGGGUUCCAACUAUCCCUGGCUACAGCGGUUUCAUGCCCAGCAAGCAUGCAGAAAACAUUCACGGUGGUGGCAUCAUCCACACGUGCAAGAUGGCUGGCAGGGCCAUUGCGGAGCGCGCCCCGCAACCAGAGCACCUGCCGGCCGUGACGCAGGACGACGAUCUCCCACGAGCACGUAUUGUAGAUCACUUCUAUGCAGAGCAGCAUGCAGACGACAGGCCUGAACACAAGGCCCGACAUGCUGCCCGAGUACGUGAGCACUGCAGCAAGCAGAUCCCUGGCUACAUGGGCCAUGUGCCCCGGAUCCAGGGCGACGCAGUGUACGGUGCCACGGCGAAAGCCGCCAACUUGAUUGCGGCUGACCUCGUCGAGGACAUAGAAUAA